CUACCUGGCAACCGCAGAUGCAGACCUGGAGGACGGAGAGUGAUGCCCAGCCGGAGAGGACGCGGGCCGCCAGAAGGACACCGAGGGGACGGCCAGCUGCAGCAGGCGUGAAAGGCGCCGGCCGCUUUGGACAGUAUUUCAAUGAGACGCAAACGUCCACACUGCAGUAUUUGCAGGUGGAGCCGGAGGGAGCCCCCCGGGACUGGGGCGGGUCAGAGAAUGCGGCUGCGCUCUGGAUGUCCGUGGAGGAGCGGGGGCUUGGAAAAGGAUGGGGCCCAGAAUGGAGCCCCGGAUCCUCUCUGCGGCAGUCUGGCCCUGCACCGCACCCCCCCCACCAUUUCCCCACCCUGCCCUUCACUCCCAGGGGAAGGGGCCGAGGCAGGCGCCGCCCAGAUGCCCGUUGCGGGCAAGGGGCGGGCGUGGGGACAGAGACCGAGUCCGGUGCGCGGAGAGGUGGGCCCGCCGACCCCCGCGGCCUCGGUGCCGCUCUGCUCGGACCCCGCGCCUGCCCGUUCUCCGCGCCCGUCUCCGUCCCCCGGGCGCCGCCCCACUCCUCCGUGCAGUGCUCCUGCUCCCGUCUCCCGCACCCCCGCGGGCCCCGAGGCUCCAUCCACACCCACCGCCGAACCCCCCUCACCAGGGUCCUCCUGCAGCCCCGCAGCUGGGCUCCUCCACGACUCCCAAGGUCCCCGCCAGACCGCACCGACUGGAAGGGGGGCGCUAGGACAACCCGCCGGCGCCGCGCAGCCGCGCCCCUUCACGCAGAGGCGGGGCGGGGCCUGGGCCCAGCCCCCAUCGCCUGACGUCGUGCGCGUGUCCCCCACCUAGGCCGGCGCGCGG